AUGUCAAGCGCCAAAGCCACCAAGAAGAGCGCCUUUUCCUGCGAGCCCUGCCGUCGCCGCAAGGUAAAAUGUGGUGGCGAGCAGCCCAUGUGCCAACGAUGCACCUCGCGCAACGAUGAAUGCGUCUACAAGCUCAACCCCACGCUCUCGUAUACCCAGCGCCUCGAGAAGCGCAUCAAAGAACUUGAGGACCAGCUUGCCUCUGCAUCAAGAUCGCCUCCUUCCAUCACCGCCUCUGCGCACUCCAGUCCUUCCACCGCCAGCAUCGGCCUGCACGAUGGUCGCUCCCCUCCAAAGUCCCAUCCCGACGAGCAUUCCUUUAGCCGCAGCUUCAGCGGCCUCAAAGUCGACGACAAAGGCCGUAUCACGUUCGGCAACGGUGCCACCGCCAAUGACCGGCCCGCACUGCCCACCUCGAAUGGUGUGUACACAUCUGCCGAACUCGACCAGUCGAUAAGAGAAAGGCUGGUCGCCAAUGCGAUGCAACAACGCGCCCUCGAAAACUUCUCAGCAACACCCGAACCCUUUCAAUAUCUGCUCAACGUUCACUGGUGCUGGAUUCAACCACUCUUCAUGUUCAUUUAUAGACCGGCCUUUACUCGUGAUAUGCAGAAUAUGGGCCAAUACUACUCGCACAUGCUCCUCAACGCACUCAUGUCGCACUCCGUAAACUGGGGCAGAAAUGAUCCGACUACGCGCCGUCUACUAGACGAGCACUAUGGUGGCGGAGAGAUCUUUGGCAAACACGCCCGCAGUAUGCUUUUCGAAGACAUGAAACGCGGGGCUUGUACAAUACCAAUGGUACAAACUUUGCUGCUCCUCAGCGCCGAGGAAUGUGCUUUUGGGAAUACGAUCCAAGCGUGGACGUACAGUGGUCUCGCCUUUCGCCUCAUGGACCAAAUAGGCGUUUGCUUUGACGGCCAGCGAUAUCCCGGCUCUGUUCCUCUCAACGAAGAAGACAUCGAAAUUCGCCGUCGAAUAUUUUGGAGCAGCUUCUUCUGGGACAAGAUGCUGAGUUUGUACAUGGGUCGAAUGCCGACCCUGCACCUCACCCCCGCUUCGCCGCCACUUGUCAUGUACGACGACUCUGCCGAAAAUGAGCCCUGGGAGCCCUUUGGCAUGCCGCCCGAUGGCAGAACGUGGAACUAUCCAUCUUCCACUGCGUACUCGGCCACCUGCUUCAUCGCCAUGAUCCGGCUUUCGCUCAUUUUCAACGAGAUCCUGCUGCACAUGUACGAUCCCGUCAUCCCCAAUACCGAGAGCGAAAUGCUCGAGUGCUUGGCGACUCAAGGCCCGGCGCUAGAGAAGUGGUGGGAGGAUUUCCCCCUAAAUCUUAAAAUGGACGCCGCCCAUCUCCCGGCGAUUGGACCCCCAACGCAUCUUUUCACCUCCAACUGCGUAUUUCACACAUACAAAAUCUUGCUGUAUCGGCCAAUGCUCACUCGACGAUACGACACGGACAUCGACGGCCAACUGCCGUGGAACACGUACCUCGUCCACUGCGUAACAUCAGCGACUGCCACCAUUGCCAUUUUCGAUCUCUUUGCCCGGACGUACAGCAUCAAAUACUGCGCCCUGUCGAUAUCGUAUAGCAUGUACAUUGCCGCGUCUGUGUUCCUGCUGCAAGUUCAAGCCAUGCCGAGCGACUUCCAGGCCAUCAGACGCUUGGACUAUUGCCUCCACAUGCUGCACAGAGUCAUGGUGUUCAAUCCCAUUAUCGCGUCCUCUUGA